AUGGUGGUAAGACUGGCCCUUCACGUGGUCGCAGCAUACGCUGUCUGCCUGUCAGUGUGUCUGGUUGCGUCAGUCAGGGGAGAUCCCUGCCUCAUCAUCAGUGAGGUCAACGCAGACAACCCCAAACUGGACACCACUGAGUUCGUCGAACUCUACCACACUGGCGGUCAAAGGGUCUCACUGGAAGGCUACACCCUUGUGUUCUACAAUGGAAACGGCAAUAUAGCCUACAAAGUACUGGACCUGAAGGGCCACAUCACAGACGACCGGGGCUUCUUCCUGGUUGGCUCGGUGGACAUGCAGCCAAAACCGGCCAUCCCCCUCCCACCCAAUACCGUCCAGAAUGGCCCGGACGCCAUCGCGCUAUACCACACAUCCGCGGCACGCUACGGGGAGAAGAUGAAUGCCACAGCCGUGGGGCUGGUGGAUGCCAUCGUGUACAUGACGCGGCGGUCCGGGGGUGCGGAGGUUCUGGCCGAGACGUUGACCCCUGGGGUGCCUGCCUUCGUGGAGGAUGAGGGGGCCCAUGAGGGUGAUGAGUCCAUCGAGAGGUGCCUGGUCUCUGGGGAAAGCUGGGGCUUCCAGGUGGACCUGCCAUCACCUGGCCAACGCAACCGUUGCAUCCCCCCUGAUCCCAUCACUGCCACCACGCGUAUCAGCGAGCUGAAGCUGGGAGGGGGGCAGGUGGACGGGUUUGUGGAGUUAAGCGAGUCCCAGGCUGCAGGGCCUCUGGUGCUGCUGGUGCUGGACGGGCGGACGGACACGGUCAGCGAGAGUGUGGACGUGCACACCUCCAGGGAAGGCCUGCUCUCCAUCACCAUCGACAAGAACAACAUGAAAGGUCAGUGAACCUGUACCUGGAGGAGCUCCUACUGGUCUUCAGGGCUGAGAAAAGCUGCUUUUCAAAAGCCAAUACUGUCUCUUCAUAUCUCUUCAUUGGGAGGUCUUGCAGAGAUUUCUGAGUCAAGGAGCUGGACCUGUAGUAUUUUUGUGUGUGAAAUUAUAUCUACCACAUUGUUUAACUUCCUGUGUGCAAAAAGUGUUGUGUUGAAUUGUUCGUUGGUGUGAAAGCUGUGUUGAGUGAUUAAGUUCUACUAUGUUGUACAUCAGGAGAUGAGUCGGGGGCAGUGGCGCUGUACAGUGGCAAGGCCUCUGACUUCCCUGUAGGCAGCCCCCUGAGCCAGACGCAGCCCCUAGAUGCCUUCGUGUUCGCUGGACCAGGAAACCAACCCAGCGCCAACCUCACAGAGACCCUUAUACCAGGCAGACAGCCCUACCAGCUCAGCGCCAGGUAAUCCAUCCAGCCACCCACCCAAACUCAUCCAGCCACCCACCCAAACUCAUCCAGCCACCCACCCAAACUCAUCCAGCCACCCACCCAAACUCAUCCAACCACCCACCCAAACUCAUCCAGCCACCCACCCAAACUCAUCCAGCCACCCACCCAUACUCAUCCAGCCACCCACCCAUCAAUAUAUUUAUUUGUCUAUCUUGGGCUGAAGUACUAACCUUGCUGCUCUUUCUCAGGUUUGGGGAAGGAGGCCUCUACCUCAGUCGCUGUGGUGUGGCCAGUUGGACCAGAGACCCUGGUGUAUUCUGGGAAGCGCCACAAACCCCCGGACAGCCCAACCAGUGCCCCUGGCCAAAGAUCUGCCCUCACGCCAUUGGUGAGUGUUCCAUAUUUCUCUAUCACACUGACACACACCUUUACAUUGGUGAUGCUUUCGAUUGGUGAUGCACAUUAGUGCUUAUAGGCUAGCCAGAGUCAAUUAGCUUCUAAUCAAUCAAAGCCAAUUAAAUUCAAUAAACAUUUAGGAUAAUGAACAUAAAUCGAAUAGAAUAUAAUAUCUAACAACAUGUCUUUACAAACAUGGGUAUAAGAGCAACUUAAUGUAAGUAGUUAUCAAAUUGAAGAGACUAUAAUUUAUCCAAAUUGUAGUGAGUUUUGACCUGUUGCUAUUUGGUAAAUCUCCUUUUCCCGCUCUUCAGUGGUCCCUGGGGGUACAGAAGUGCCCCCUCACCUCCCUCCCUGGGGUCGGGGGGACUUUCUGAUCAGCGAGGUAAAUGCUGACAACCCGGGCUCGGCCGAGGACGGCGAGUUCAUCGAGCUGUGGCACCUGUCGGGCCGCCGCGUCUCCCUGCAGGCCUUGUGGCUCCUCCUGUUCAGCGGACACAACAGCAAGCCCUACCGCGAGAUCAGCCUCACAGGCCACUUCACCACUGCCCAAGGCUACUUCCUGGUGGGCAGUGAUAGGCUGGUCCCGGCCCCCUCGAUCCGCCUACCACCCAACACCAUCCAGAACGGACCGGACGCAGUGGCCCUGUACCGCAGCCCCUUCGGCCCGCCCUCUGCCUUUCAGACAGGGAUCCCCACCAAGGGGUUGCUAGAUGCAGUAGUGUACCGUUUGAGGGGCUCGGACAAGGACGCCCAGGAGCUGAGCGAUGCGUUGACCCCAGGACAGCUCCCCCUGCUGGAGGACCCGGAAGUGCAGCCCGGAGACGAGGCCUUGAGCCGCUGUAACGGCCUCCUGCCCGCCGACCUGUCUGCUUUCGUGGUGAGGACCCCUUCCUCUAUUACAUCAGCAGAGGCCCUUAGCUAGAGUAUACUGAACAAAAAUAUAAACGCAACAUGUAAAGUGUUGGUCCCAUGGUUCAUGAGUUGAAAUAAAAGAUCCCAGAAAUUUUCCAUGUGCACCAAAAGCUUGUUUCUCUCAAACUGUGUGUAUAAAUUUGUUUACAUCCCUGUUAGUGAGAAUUUCUCCUUUGCCAAGAUAAUCCAUCCACCUGACAGGUGUGGCAUACCAAGAAGCUGAUUAAACUGCAUGAUCAUUCCACAGGUGCACCUUGUGCUGGGGACAAUAAUACGCCACUCUAAAAUGUGCAGUUUUGUCACACACAAUGCCACAGAUGUCUCAUGUUUUGAGGGAGAGUGCAAUUGGCAUGCUGACUGCAAAAGAGUCCACUAGAGCUGUUGCCAGAGAAUUUAAUGUCCAUUUCUCUACCAUAAGUCGCCUUCAAUGUCGUUUCAGAGAAUUUGGCAGUACAUCCAACCAGCCUCACAACCGCAGGCCACAUGUAUGACGUCAUAGGGGUGAGCGGUUUGCUGAUAUCAAUGUUGUGAACAGAAUGCCCCAUGGUGGCGGUGGGGUUAUGGUAUGGGCAGGCAUAAGCUACAGACAACCAACACAAUUGCAUUUUAUCGAUGGCAAUUUGAAUGCACAGAGAUACCGUGACGAGAUCCUGAGGCCCAUUGUCGUGCCAUUCAUCUGCCGCCAUCACCUCAUGUUUCAGCAUGAUAAUGCACGACCCCCAUGUCGCAAGGAUAUCUGCACAAUUCCUGGAGGCUGAAAAUGUCCCAGUUCUUCCAUGGCCUGCAUACUCACCAGACAUGUCACCCAUUGAGCAUGUUUGGGAUUCUCUGGAUCGAUGUGUACGACAGCGUGUUCCAGUUCCCGCCAAAAUCCAGCAACUUCGCACAGCCAUUGAAGAGGAGUGGGACAACAUUCCACAGGCCACGAUCAACAGCCUGAGCAACUCUAUGCAAAGGAGAUGUGUUGUGCUGCAUGAGGCAAAUGGUGGUCACACCAGAUACUGACUGGUUUUCUGAUCCACGCCCCUACCUUUUUUUUAAGGUACAUUAUCUGUGACCAACAGAUGCAUUCCCAGUCAUUUGAAAUCCAUAUAUUAGGGCCUAAUGAAUUUAUUUCAGUUGUCUGAUUUUCUUAUAUGAACUCUAACUCCGUAAAAUCUUUGAAACUGUUGCAUGUUGCGUUUAUAUUUUUGUUCACUAUAAUUACAUAAAUAAGGAAGCUAAAACAACCAUAAUAUGGCAUGCCCUUUGUCCUCAAGGAUAAUUGCAGUCUUUUCACUAUUUAUGUUUUAUCUCUAUUCCGAUUUUGUCAACUAAUUGGAAUGGAACAUCUCUGAACUAGGGGUGUGCCGAGUACUCGGACAAAAUGAGUAUCGUAACGUGUAUGGAGAAUUUCCCAGAUACGAGUAUGACGGGUAUUUUUUUGUAAUUAUCCGUGAUUGGGAAAAAAGUAAUUUUCAGCUGCCAGCACGCAUCUCUCUUUCACUCAAACAGUGUGAAGCGCUGUGUGCUCUAAACAACUAUUGGCUAGUUCUUCUGUCUGUAAAGAAACGGGCGGGGUAUCGGUUGAGCCUGCCUCAACGAUUGGAUUAGAACAAGCCGCUCUCCCUCUGCUCUCAUUUCCCCAGACAGACACUCACACGGUCGUCUCAGGGCACAAGUCUCCCCUUCUCCAAACAUUGUGUAUAAAUCAGAAUCUGUAGCUAGUCGUUGUUGUUCAAUCUAGUUAUUUCCUGUUGUCUUUGCUGAGGCUAUAUGGUGGUUUUAGUCUGUCUACUUGGCAUUGUUUAGUAGGCCUACUUUGUCUGCCCGUAUAAUUAUUCCAUUGCUGACGACGUCUGUCGUUAUCCAAGCCACUGCUUGCUUGCUAUUGUUAUUUAUUCUCGCCCAGGCAUGUUUACUUAGCGACAGAUCAUUAGAAAAUAAAAUGACAAAAGUAGAUUGUUUGUUUAUUUUGAUUGAUCAAAUGUUGUGGCAUAAGUGUCGGAAGAGAAGUUUUGCUCCUCUCAAAAGUUAAACAAUAUAUGGGGCAAGCGAAUUAGCCUACCUUAAUCUAAAUCUGUGUCUGGAAUCAAAUCAGGCAGUAGUAGCCAGCCAUGCAUUAGGCUAUAUAUUAGCCUAUGUCGUUGAUAGUUGAAUUGGACUAAGUAAGUAAAUCAUGUGCAUUUUCAUCUGUCGGGUCGUUUAACAAUUUGUGUGAAUGAGUGAAGGAACAUAACGAUGUGCUCUGAGAUGCACUCUGAGUGAUAGUGCAGUAAUGUGUACUUGAGGUAUAGGCUUUACCGGCAUUUAAAGCUCACUUCCAGGUUUUCCGAUCAUGAGUAAAUCCGAUUACGAGUAUCAAGUGUGAUUAAAAUGGAUACGAUUACGAAUGUAUGACAACAUCGGCACAACCUUACUCUAAACAGUUGUUUUUUGCUCAUUGUUUGGCCAUUGCGUAUCUAGAAAGAAAGCAUUUACUUAUCUGGCAUCUUACUGUGUACUAGAAAGAAGGUGGGUUUUGUACAUGUGUAGGAAUUCCCAUAGCGUGAGAGAAACGCCUGGGGUGAGACCCAAUAAUACUUAUUUCUCCUGAAGUGUACACUCGUUCACUACUUCCCAAAAUUCUAAAAGCAUUGGAUUGGGGGAGGCAUGGGCUAGAGGGAGUUUCCACCAUAUUUCUUAUAGCAGUUAUUUCCUUUUUAAAUAAGUGAAGGGGAGUGAAGAAGUGCACACUUUGGGGAAGAAGGUGAUAUUUGGGACGUGGCCCCAGUCUGACUAUUAGAUUAGAUAGCCACGGCACCUGUUCAAUUGGCAAGCUAUUGUACCAUUGAACGUCUAUCAAUUCUAUUGUUCUUCAGGUGGCCCCACCCACACCUCUGAGGGAGAACUCUUGUCCCCGCCCACCCCCUCCCCCUGAGGGCGUGGUCAUCAGCGAGGUGGGCAGUGCCCGCUGGACCAACCACAGCCGGCAGAGGGGGUUUGUGGAGCUGCUAGGACCGCCCCUGACCUCCCUACAGGGCCUGGUCCUGACAGUGUUUGAAGAGUAUCGCACCGGUACGACCAUGGCCCUACCCCUGACCAGUAUCACUGACCACAACGGCUUCUACCUCAUCGGGAACGUCACUGGAGCAGGUGAGAGCAGGGUGAUGUUCACUAGGCACAAAUCGGAAGAAAAUGGUCAGAAAUGGGGAGGGACUAUUUGCACAACGUUUUGAAGUGUUUUGUUGCCCUAAUAAACACUACCCUGGAAAGAUAAACGGCACAAAAUAAAACUAAAUCAAAAUGUAUUUUUCUCCCUCACCUCCGCUUUUGGUCUAUAAUCUCCUCUCCGCUAUCCCUCUCACAGACCAGGUGUUUCCCCAGGGGGCCACAAUUCCGGCCAAUGGAGCCGUAGUCCUGUGUUCUGACACAGUCACUGUGUGUAGAGCUGGUACCACCCUAACCAACAGCACUCUCCGAGACACCCUAGUGUUCAGUGAUGACCUGAGACUGCUCAUUAAACUCUCAGCCACCAGAGGGCAGCAGGUGAUGCCUGUACUCAGGUAGGAAUGAAAUUCACUUGUUUUUACUACUGAGAAUAAAACUCUUCGUCAGGGUAUAUAGGUCAAGUGUAGCUAGACAGUCUUAGGACCCGAUUCAAUUAGAUCUGCUUUAGCCGACAUCUGCAUAGCUGAUGUUUUUACGGUGUCAGAGGUGAAACUGCGUUAGAAAGCUGUUAAAUCCACAAGCUGCUACCGGCAUUAUACCUAAACCUGACAUUGCCAUUGGCUGCACUGUGUUGCAUUAAGAGAAAUCCCAUGCAGCCUUGUUUACAAGUUCGAACAAUGGAAUGUGAGAUGUAAUCUACACCACGAUUAGGCUGAUUAGAAAUUCUAAUUAUUUUGUUUAAUGAUUUUGAGCGUCAUCAUUUCUAUUAGGGCCGAGACGAUACCAGUAUCGCCAUAUUUUUUCCAUGGCAAAAAUGAAAACAAGAAGCAGACCAAACUCUUUGGUCCUUUAUAAACUUGUUGUAUGUAAAAUAUUGUGUGCUAUAGCUUGGAAAAUAAAUACAUGUGACUCUGGUUUGUUUCCUGUUUUCCUUAAGAAGUUAAAGCCGCUUUGAGUAUCGUGAUACUGGUAUCGUCCCGGCCCUAAUUUCUAUUUAGCCUACGCUUUCUCGUUCUGAACUUCUAACGCGAGUGGGACGGGUGUGGCUUCGUGACAAUGAUCACAAUAGCAGCUGCUCACCGAUUUGACAGCUCAAACGCAGUUCUUCCUCCGACACCUCCAAAACAUCAGCUAUGCGGGUGUCUACUAUCGCCAGUUAACGUCGAUCGGAUUGAAUCUAGGCCUUAGUGUCAAUAAAGAUACCGUGUGUGCGCGCACACCUCUGUCUGUACGCUACAGGUCAGUGGAGGAAGGUCCUGUCUCUCUCAGCCGUUGCUCCUGCUGUGAGGCGAGAAGCCCUUCCUCCUGGACCAGCUCCUCCCCCACCCCACGCCUGACCAACAUCUGCCCCAGCCCAGCCUUCUCCAGCGACAUCGACCUAUGCUUGGCGCCCCUCUCCGGUGAUUGGCAGGAGCACCCAGGAAGUAAGCCAUGUCAUCCAUAUUCCUUGGGAAAUUGGCCUUUUUGUGGUGAUUCUAAGAAAAGGGAAGUGUCAAUGGAAAGUGACGCUAGUAGCACCUAUUUAUGGACUCACAUUUCUGGAAAGAUUUGAGGAACGAUUCUGUCUGCUGCAUGACUAGACAGUUUUUCUGAUAUAGCGUAUUUGAGGUGUUGUAUUUUAAGUGCGUAAUACUUAAUAUAAUGUUCAAUCAAGUGGUCUCAACUCAUUGGUAUUGCUAAUUGCUUAUGUACCGUCCUUAACCAUACUAACGCUCACUCUUUCCUUCUUUCUCUCUAUCCAUCUGUUGCUCUCGUUCUGUGUCAGACUGCAGUGGGCUGGUGCAGGGUCACAGUGAGAUGGAUGUGGCUGGCUACCUGGAAGAAAGAUGUCACUGUGGUAUCUCUGCCCUCUACCUGCAGGGUGAGACACAACACUCUUGCAUUAGAGAGACAAACACACACACACACACAGUUGCAAACAAGGGCACACUAGUGGAGGCUGGUGACUUGAACAUGUUUGGCGGAUGGGAGACCCACGGUAUAGGCGCAGAACGCACAGAGAGGACAAAGCGUGUUUAAAAAAUAUUCAAAGACAAAUUAUUUUGACCUAAAACAUUUAAUAGACAUUUAUAGUGAAAUACUAUGGGGAAUGAGAGGGCUACUUACAGUGUGGGGCAGGGAUCACCGCAGUGAUUAAAUGAGGGUAUGAUAUGAGUUGAGGUGUUCAGAGGCUUCAGUGCAGGACAGGCUCAUCAUGGAUGGAUGGUGUUGGAGAAGAGCGCAACAAUUCCACUGAGGGCAGGACAGGAUUUGACUGGGAAUACACUGAUGUGUAAUAAUGUCAAUGUGUAUGUGAUUGACUCUACAUACAGUAAUGAGAGAAAAUGGACAGGGCUACUCAGUGCUUGGAGAGGAAACAUUCAUUGCGCCAGUGGACGAGACGUUACAUGAGACAUGGCUUCAGUUCAUAUCAGGAGAGAACUGACACUGGUAGUGGAGUGUUCAUCCCCUCUUAAUCAGGGAACAGGAGUGGACUUAGCUGUAAAAACAAAUAGCAGAUACAUUCCAUUACAGCAGCACUAACGUAAGUUUGGGAAACAAGUUUCUCCAUGAAUUUAAACUCAGACGUCUGAGUUCUCUCUCCUGAUAUGAGGAAAAGUCUAACACAGACUGCGCAUCUUGCCCACUUGACACAUCAAAGUAGCCCAAGAAACGUUCCUGAAUAAACACCUGAUCAUCCACAUACCUGACGAUAACUAACAACUGUGUGCGACAGCUGAUGUCUGUGGUUUCAUCCAUUUGACAUGCGAAAAAAUUUGCUGCGUUAACCUGACUGUUAAUCCCACUCAUUCUGAAUUGAUUCCGACAUCCCAGAGAAUACAGUAGAAACUUCCAUAGGCUCAGCAAGUAAAGCAUCAUAACGUGCACUUACCUCUGCAAGCUCCUUGUUGUUGCCCUUGUUAGCGGAACUUUCCCUCUCAUCAUGCCCCCUUGCUUUGUCCCGCAACGUAGCGGGACGAAGCAACGUGCCCCCAAAAAAUGUCAAUUCUUACAUGCCCAAAAAUACAGUAUCUCUGUAUCUUCUUACCCUUCUCAUUGUGUUGCGCUGUUUGAAUACGCAGACCUUUGUCCAUUACAUGAUCGCAUCUUUUUCCCAGAAGCUUGAAUUUGAUGCGGGCAAUGAAACGGGUUCUUCAACAACAAAAACCCACUACAUUGUCGUAAGCGUUAGCUAGCCAUUCUGGCAGAUAAAUCUGCGCUCUGGUAGCUAGCUAGCUACUUGCUACUAAAGUUAGCAGGGCAAAUUUGAAAUAAAUGGCACUAACUCGACAAGUUUUUAAAUCACACAUGCGUAGUAGUACGUUCAUUCUCUGAUCCUUUGAUUGGAUGGACAACAUGUCAGUUCAUACUGCAAAAGCUUUGAUUGGUCUGAGGACAUCCUCCGGAAGUCGUCAUAAUUGCCAUGUAGAUCUAUGGAAGGGGGCAAGGAGCACAAGCCUCUAGGUUUUGUAUUGAAGUCAAUGUAGCCAGAGGAGGAUGGAAAAUAGCUGUCCUCCGGCCACAUCAUGGUGCUACCCUAGAUGGUGCUGUUGAGACUACUGUAGACCUUCAUUGCAAAACUGUGUUUUAAUCUUGUAUUUGGUGCCGUGAAUAUAUUUUGUAUAGUUUCAUCUAAAAAGGAUAACUUUUUUUUGUUAUUCCGGAUGGUCCUCCCCUUCUUCCUCCUCUCAUGAGCCACCACACAGGCACACGCAUAAUACAUGUCCUCAUUUAUAUACCCGCACAUAACAUUGUGCAAUACUCAGUUUUUUUGUCAUCCAAUGUUGAGGAUGUGGGAUUUGGUUUUAUGUUUCCUAGGAUAGUAGUCAUUUCUGUGUGUGUGUGUGUGUGUGUGUCAGUGGCCAACUUCUCCUGUGCGGCCGGGUGGCUGCGUGUGCGGGGAAACAUCCAGGCCCUGUCGGACCACCAGAGGGCCCUCAUCCUCCAGACCUCCCCCACCCAGGGGGACACCUGCACCGGCCCGGCUACUGACCGACACAUGAGCACUGGUGAGCCCCCCGCCUGAACAACAUUCACUAACCUGGGUUGUGUUCACUAGGCACGAAACGGAAGAAAACUAUCCGAAAUGGGGUAGUUCUCUUUCAAUUAUUUGAUUCGAUAUCUCGCAUGUGGGGAUUCGCUAGGAUCACCUACUCUCAAUAGAACCUAUCAAAAGUGUCUGUUGGAGAGUAGGGUGGCAAAUGAGGUGAGCCACUCUUUCCCACACUCUGGUUAUUCUGGCUUCUCUUCCUCACGAAGAGCAUUACUACUAUAGCGCUCCUCAGAUCGACUGGUCCCUGUUUUCCUGCUUAUCUGCUCACAAGUGAACCGUGAAGGAUAUUGCUGCCUAGUGUAGGUCUUCAGACUCUGUUGAGAGGUUGAGUACUGUCUGGGAGGUUUUUGUUUCAUGUAGAAAUUCCUUUUCUACUUCUCAGUCUCCGUGGUAGCUAGCUUCACGGCUAGCUAUUAAGACUGUUAAACCACGCUGCAAGGCCAACUUGGCUAGCUCACUGAGAGGUAAGCUGACCUCACUAGCAUAUCUUACCUGCAACACGGUAGCGUUGCUAGCUUCCUUCUCUCGUCUAGUUUAACCUACGUUCACCCGUUGUGUUAACUAGAUCGACCGUCUCAGCCUCACAGCUGCUUUGGUCGCGGAACAACAAUCUGAAGGCUAACUCUGCCCCCACGCUAUUUCCUGCAGCCCGCACUGAGCUAGCCACGGCACACCUCCACCAUGAAGUAGCUGCUAGCUAGCUAACACCCCACUAGCCUCGCGGCUGUAGCGUUCUACUGUGCUUAUCAUUGCUAUCUGUUAGCCGCAAGGCUUCAAACUAGCUAGCUUAUUACGCCAUUUACACAAGCUAUUAUUUGCUAGCCACCAGCCGCAAGGCUUCUAACUAGCUAGCUUACGCCAUGAGUCUCUCUGUCCCCCUAGCAAGCCUUGUUCCUCACAAUGGCCACUGCUAUCCCAGGACGAGCGUAACACAGCACUCGAACCCCCACGUAUUUGUGCUUGCAGUUCCAUGAUUGCCAACCUCUACGCAUCAAUUGCAUGGGUAAGGAACAUGCCCAAGAGGCGCUCGACGACCCUGAGACCUGCAGCACUGCAAACUGCUGAUGAGGGCAGGCCUGAAGAGGAGGCUUAAACAUGCUUCUAUCUAGGUAUCCCCUCUUGCCUCCGAGCCAACAGCGACAACUGAGGCUCAGCUCCUCGCAACCGAGCCCAGUUGGGGCGAGGCCAUGGAUAGCCUUGACUCCCUCCCCUCACUGUCUGACGACGUAGUGUCGGGAAGGCGAGUUAGGGGAUGACGAUGGGAGUAAUCUCACAGAUAUCCUCGAGAUAGCUCAGGAGAUGGGGGAUGACGACCCCCAUUCUCAUGCCCGCAGGCCUGACGGCCCGAGUGUGGUGGAGUUGCCCCUCUGUUUGGAGUUUGGGCUCCUUCAUGUCUGCAAGCGGUCCGCGGCCAGACUUGGCAUCGCGUGGCCGUCUCCUGUGGGGGCUCAGGACCCGUUAAGGGACCUAUACGACGGGAAGAGACUCCCGUCUUAUACAGCCCUAGUAAAAUAACUGCUCCCCGCAGUACCAACUUGCCUCAGGGAAGCUUAGAGCUUGUGGGAUAAACCCCUCACUAGCAAGAUUCUUGCUAGGGAUACCCUGAGCUUGGACAUCCACAAUAUGGAGGAAUCAGGUUUUGGCAACCCUCCCACGGUGGAGCCGUUUGGGAAGAGAUCUAUAUGAUUACAGACCUAAACCUCCAUGUCUGCCGUGGUGCCAUUAAAGGCUGUAGUGGUACCAUGAGCCUAGCUGUGGUGGGAGAAAGGGUGCUUUGGCUGAACUUAUCCAGCUUAACAGAAAGAAAUGCAGCAGUCUGCCAGGACUCAGGCUAGGCCCCUGAAAAUGGCCAAACCUGUAGGGAAGCAGUCUUAUGCCGCAGAAAGGAUCUGCCCCUCUAAGGGAGGUAAGAAGGGUUCGGCCAACCUAGGGCGCAGCCCUCUGCCCUACCCUCUCUCUUUUUGGGUUUAAAGGGGAAUCAAAUGUCAAAAUGCGCACCUCUCCCUCAGGGAGAGUGAGGUUGAACUAGUGUGAGCUACGUCAUCAGGUUAUGCAGGCCCCCCCCCCCCACUUUGUGGAUUAACGCAAAUCUACAUAAUAUGGCAUAUGCAUUUAAUGUGAUACAUUUGGUUGAAUGGUUCACCAUUUUACCUUUUCUGAAUUCUCUGCCAAGCAAGGAGAAAAGGAGCCGACCUGACCCUUGCCUCCCACUUUUACAUUGCAACCCCAUUGGACAUCAUUCCACCUGCCAAUCAACAUUGUCUAUCUCUGACUGUAGGCUACAUCCCUUGUUGUAUGGUGUGAUCAUAUCAUUAUGGCAAAAUAUGUCUACUAAAAUGAAAGGGAAGACUAGUGACUAUUAGACUUGGGCGGUAUACCAGGUAUUUGUCAAUACCGUUGAAACUUUCUUUGAAGUGUUUUAAUACAUUUUUAAUAUUUGUAGCUACUUUAAGUAAAUACCUGCAGUCAACUUGUGCAAUACAUUAGGCGAUAAAGAAGAUUGUGUUCUUCAGUUCACCUGAAUGACGUUGUGUGAUCGAGCAGUUUGCUGAUGUCAACGUUGUGAACAGAGUGCCCAAUGGUGGGGUUAUGGUAUGGGCAGGCAUAAGCUACGGACAUCGAACACAUUUGCCUUUUAUCAAUGGCAAUUUGGAUGCACAGAGAUACCAUGAUUAGAUCCUGAGGCCGAUUGUUGUGCCAUUCAUCUGCCGCCAUCACCUCAUGUUUCAGCAUAAUAAUGCAUGGCCACAUGUUGCAAGGAUCUGUAACAUAUUUCCUGGAAGCUGAAAAUGUCCCAGUUCUUCCAUGGCCUGCAUACUCACCAGACAUGUCACCCAUUGAGCAUGUUUGGUAUGCUCUGGAUCAACGUGUAUGACCGCGUGUUCCAGUUCCCGCCAAUAUCCAGCAACUUCGCACAGCCGUUGAAGAGUGGGACAACGUUCCACAGGCCACAAUCAACAGCCUGAUCAACUCUAUGCGAAUGAGAUGUGUCGCGCUGCAUGAGGCAAAUGGUGGUCACACCAGAUACUGACUGUUUUUCUGAUCAACCUUUUUUAAAGGUAUUUGUGACCAACAGAUGCAUAUCUGUAUUCCCAGUUGUGAAAUCCAUAGAUUAGGGCCUAAUGAAUUUUAUUUCAAUUUACUGUUUUCCUUAUACACUACAUUGCAUUCGGAAAGUAUUCAGAACCCUUUUUCCACAUUUUGUUAUGUUACAGCCUUAUUCUAACAUGGAUUUAACAAUAGCUAUAUCAUCAAUCUACACACAAUACCCCAUAAUGACAAAGCAAAAACAGGUUUUAGACAUUUUUGCAAAUGUAUAAAAAAACAGAUACCUUAUUUACAUAAGUAUUCAGACCCUUUGCUAUGAGACUCGAAAUUGUGCUCAGGUGCAUCCUGUUUCCAUUGAUCAUCCUUGAGAUGUUUCUACAACUUGAUUGGAAUCCACCUGUGGUAAAUUCAAUGGAUUGGACAUGAUUUGGAAAGGUACACACCUGUCUACAUAAGGUACCACAUUUGACAGUGCAUGUCAGAGCAGAAACCAAGCCAUGAGGUUGAAGGACUUGUCCGUAGAGCUCCGAGAGACAGGAUUGCAUCGAGGCACAGAUCUGGGGAAGGGUACCAAAACAUUUCUGCAGCAUUUUGGUACCCUUCCCCAGAUCUGUGCCUCGAUGCAAUCCUGUCUCUCGGAGCUCUACGGACAAUACCUUCGACCUCAUUGCUAGGUUUUUGCUCUGACAUGCACUGUCAACUGUGGGACCUUAUACAGGUGACUGCAUUUCCAAAUAAUGUCCAAUCAAUUGAAUUUACCACAAGUGGACUCCAAGUUGUAGAAACAUCUCAAGGAUGAUCAAUGGAAACAGAAUGCACCUGAGCUCAAUUUCGAGUCUCAUAGCAAUGGGUCUGAAUACUUAUGUAAAUAAGCUAUUUUUGUUUUUUAUUUGUAAUAAAUUAGCAAACAUUUCUAAACCUGUUUUCUAAACCUGUCAUUAUUGGGUAUUUUGUGUAGAUUGAUACUGUACUAUAUAUUCGACUACCUUGAGUAUUUGAAAAGUUGGUAUUUUCAAAUAAGCUACAGGUCUGUUGACUAUUGUGCUUAAGAUCUGUUCAGAUCCCCUUUGGAUUUCUUCACAUUUUGUGUUACAAUGUCGGAUUAAAAUGGAAGAAAAAUUCAAACAUAAAAAAACAACAACACUAAUACACCUUGAUUUAGAUAAGUAUUCACCCACUGAGUCAAUACAUGUUAGAAACACAGUUGGCAGUGAUUACAGCUGAGUCUUCUUGGGCAAGUCUCAUAAGAGCUUUGCCACCUGUAUUGUGCAAUAUUUGCCCUUUUUUUAUUUAUUAUUUUCGAAAUUCUUCAAGCACUGUCAAGGUGUUGGGAUAACAAUUUUCAAGUCUUGCCAUAGAUUUUCAAGCAGAUUUAAGUCAAAACUUUAACCUGGCCACUCAGGAACAUUCACGGUCUUCUUGGUAAGCAACUCCAGUGUAGAUUUGGCUUUGUGUUAUAGGAUAUUGUUUCCUCUAGGACACUUUGCAUGUGCUUAGCUUCAUUCCGUUUCUUUUCAUCCUGAAAAACUCCCCAGUCUUUGCCGAUGUCAAGCAUACCCAUACCAUGAUGCAGCCACCACCAUGCUUGAAAAUAAGGAUGCAGUUACUCAGUGUUGUGUUGGAUUUUCCCCAAACAUAAGGCUUUGCAUUUAGGCCAAAAGGUGUGUUCCUUUGCCGUGUUUUUGCACUAUUACUUUAGUGCCUUGUUGCAUACAUAUGCAUGUUCUGGAAUAUUCUCUAUAUUUGUAUUAUUUUCACUCUGUCAUUUAGGUCAUUAUUGUGGAGGAACUACAAUGUUGUUUAUCCAUCCUCAGUUUUCUCCCAUCACAGACAUUGAACCAGGGGUGAAAGUAGAUUUAAUUUCUUCCCGGUACAGGACCUCCUAUGUGUGCACGCACAUGCACUCAAAAAUUGUAUGGAUGUUCUGCCGCCCUAGUCGAGACAAAUGGCCACCCCCUCCUGUCCCCACUAAACUAUAAUAGUGUACAGCAGGGUUUGGCCUUGGGCCAAUUUUGUUUCUCAGCUAAUAGUCAGCAGAACAUAAUAGUAGCCCAAUUAAAUGGCCUAUGCUACAAAAUAAUCAACAUUUUUAACACAUCUGGUUAGUAGGCUAUAUAAUCAGUUCAACAUCAAUAACAUAUCUUAACAUGUUCAAUCUGAUUACACUGACAAAAUCACCCAUGUCUAUUUGAAAUUCGUUUUUUAAAUAUUUCUUUGUGCAUUAAUUGGGGGAAAACUGCUUGCAAUCAAGAGAAAAUGUUGCUCUGAAAAAGUCUCAAAAGUCUCAGUAGAUAAUAAAAAUGAUACGUUUCAGGGAAGAAUGGACAGAGAAAUAGGCAUUCUUACUGUAUUUCACCAGUGUCAAACCAGUGUCUUGUUUGCAACGAAACAGAAGUGCUUCCUUAAAAGCUGCCUGGGUUUAAACAUUUUCUCUUUUCAGAAAGUGAAAAGCUUAAUAGGGACAAAAAAGUCAAUUUUUUUUGUCAAUUUUGAAGGCACAGCUCAGCCUCAGAAUGUCAGAGACUAAUCAAUGAAUCCCCAUAUGCAUUAGUCACUACUUUUGUGGGCGUUGUAAAGCUUGUUUCUAGCAUAAGGGCAUCAUGGAGUUAAGCAUUGCUAUAGAACGCUUUAUAUUAUCUGGAUACACACCAAGCCUUUCCCAAACACGGUAUUUAAGGAGUGCAUGGUGACGGUAUUCAAGGAUUUGGCUACACGACAAACCUAUGGAUAGCAUAAUUGCAUCUGUCAAACGGGUAGGGCCUACCUCUUAUUUUUUGAAUAGGAAGAAAUGGGCUCCAACAAAGCCCUCUGUUUUUUAGGUAAGUUGAAAUGAAGACAAUUGUUGAAAUGAAUUACUUUCAGCACCAUUUGCUGUCCACCUCUGUUUGAUUAUACUGCAGCCGCUCCAAAGCUAAUGUCUGCCCGCUUGCCUUUUUAGUAGACCCUUCACUGCACACUCUCUCCUCAUUAAUAAGUUAAUGAUUGAAAAAGUGUCUCAUGACAUUGUAAUACAUUUGGUCUCCAGUCUAUGGGUUACAGAAAAGCCACAUAGGUGGAGCGCCGCAGCGCUGCGUCUCUCCAACAGCUGAUGCGUGCUGGGCAUGGUCAAGCUAAAUAUACUGAACAAAAAUAUAAACGCAGCAUGCAACAAUUUUAAAGAUUUUACUGAGUUACAGUUCAUAUAAGGAAAUCGGUCAAUUGAAAUAAAUGAAUGAGGUCCUAAUCUAUGGAUUUCACAUGACUGGGCAGGGGUGCAGCCAUGGGUGGGUCUGGGAAGGCAUAGGGUUAUCCACUUGGGAGCCAGGCCCAGCCAAUCAGAAUGAGUUUUUCUCCACAAAAGGGCUUUAUUACAGACAGAAAUACUCAGCUUCAUCAGCUGUCCAGGUGGCUGGUCUCAGACGAUCCCGCAGGUGAAGAAGCCGGAUGUGGAGGUCCUGGGCUUCCGAGGUUACACAUGGUCUGUGGUUGUGAGGCCGGUUGGACGUACUGCUAAGUUCUCUAAAAUGACGUUGGAGGCGGCUUAUGGUAGAAAAAUUAACAUUACAUUCUCUGGCAACAGCUCUGGUGGACAUUCCUGCAGUCAGCAUGCCAAUUGCACGCUCCCUGAAAUUUAGACAUCUGUGGCAAUGUGUGACAAAACUGCACAUUUUAGUGUCCUUUUAUUGUCCCCAACACAAGGUGCACCUGUGUAAUGAUCAUGCUGUUUAAUCAGCUUCUUGAUAUGCCACACCUGUCAGGUGGAUGAAUUAUCUUGGCAAAGGAGAAAUGCUCACUAACAGGGGUGUAAACAAAUUUGUGCAUAACAUUUGAGAGAAAUAAGCUUCUUGUUGUGUGUGUAGAACAUUUCUGGGCCCUUCUCUCUUUGACAAUGUCCUGCAGGAUAUUAUUUUGAUUUAUAAUGUCGAGGGUGAUGGCCUUCGGCGGGGCCUCGAAGGGCCCUCUCCUACAGAGGAGUUUACCUCUUGGGCACUGUUUUUGGGACAUAUAUCAUUAAACUGAGAUUGUGUGCUCCAUGUAUUGGGCUUCCCCUCACCCCCCCCCUCCAGAUGGGUUUUUUCUGCACCUUGCCGCAUACUCCCUCGGUUUCGGGUCCUCUGAGGGUUGUUGAUGUUGGGACUUGGCUUCGGACAGCAUGUCUUUGCGAUACGGGGUUGGCCAUAUCCCAACAUGUGAGAUAUCGAAAUGAAUAAUUGAAAGAGAACUUAAGGUUGCUUGCGUAAACCUGGUUCUCUGAUUUAUUAUUUGUGAGAUAUCUCCCCGCAUUCCCCUGCUCGCAAGAUAAGCAUGUUUGAGAAUAACCAGAAGGUGAGGUGCUCACCUCAUUCGCCACUCUUACCUGUCUGUCUCCAACAGACGCUUUUGAUAGGUUCUUCCGAGAGUAGGUGAUCCUAGCGAAUCCCCACAUGAGAUAUCUUACUCAUGAUAUCAGAGAACCGGGAUUAUACAAGUAACCUUACGUUUUCAUUUUUGGCUGCACAGUGUUUUGAAAUGUUUUGCUACAGUUUGCCCUAUUGAACACAACCCUGGUCUGAACACACCACACUUAUAAAGCUUUAUUGAAAACCUGGACAUAGCUUUCUUGAUAUGUGUGAGCAAACAUGGCUGAAAAUUACCCAACACGAUUGGAGGAAAUAUCUCAUCGCCUUAACACGGGUGUAUAUACUAGUAAGCAAACUGAACUAAACAGAAGCAAACGGACAGAAACGGGGAGGGACCUUCAUGAAUUUGUCCAAUAGAAACUGUAAUUUUCGUUGCAAAAUUGUUUCCAUUUGGAGUAAACUGUUGUUUGUAAACCGUUUUGCUACGGUGCAAAAUGUUUUGCUACAGUCUGCGACUAAGGAAUACACCCCCGUACACACAACUUAACACCACACACUGACCACUAGUGUUGAGUUGUAGAAGGCCUAAGUACAAAUGAACUAACAGCGAAUGAAGACUAAGGAUAUUGGUAAACAGCCAAUCAAAGCCAAGGAUAUUGGAUGGAAUGAAAAAAAAUUAAAAACACAGGACAGCGCUGGAGGCAUUGAGUUUAAUCCUCCUGCAUUAUACUGUAUUUUCACAGAUCAACUGUACCCUUAAUCCAGUGGGAUAGAUUAUCUAUAGUUGCUGCGUCAAGAUUUAUUAUUUCAGUUAUUCAACUGUGGAAAUAUGUGCAAAGGUUUCCAAUGAAGGACUGAUUCGUAACUCACGUUUUCCCAUUAUUGUCCAGAAGGUGGCGAUCUUUGUAGAGCUUUAGACAUAGCCAAUGGUCAUACCAGAUAUUGGAGACUUCAGAUAUGAGUUCAUGAACCCUAGCAUGCAAAGAGCUCUCCUGAUGUUUUUGUAAGGUAAGCAUGGCUGACAACAUUUGUGAGUCGAACAUGCUCAUUUUGGGAGCAUAGUUUCAGUGCGCAGGUUUAUUUCCAAUGGGCUGGUUUCCUAGACACAGACUAAGCCUUCUCUGUAAGCUUAGAGAAUCUCCAUUUAAAUGGCCUUUUAGGGUUAGCUGACUGAUGGUUGUGGUUCUUUUCAGAGUCUGCCCUGGGCCUUCAUAUUGGCCUGGUGCUCGGCGCUCUACUGCUGCUGGGACUGGGAGCAGCCAUCUUUACCUACCUCUACAAAAAGAGGUGAGACUAUACACAACCACAUAUUCAGGCCACACGCAUACAGUCUCGAAUGUGCAUGCUCAUGUACGCACACAUCCUGCCUCAGUGGUUAAGUGAAGAGGCAUCAUUUCACUGUAUGCAGCUGUACAUAAUAGUUACACAGAUGGCCCUUUUACUCCAAUGUGAAUAGAAACAUGAUUAGCUGUCAUUUUCUUGGCUCAACAUCACCCUUCUGACGAAACAAUAUCAUUGAAUUCCUUCACUUAAUAAUUGUGCCAUUGUAGCAGUUGUCAAAAGCUGUGUGCGUGCUUUUUGUCCUUAGGCGACCACUGGACUAUUACUCCAUGGAGUUGAAUGAACAUGGAGAGGGACUUUCUGAACUUUAAGUGUGUUUGUGUGUGCGUGCAUGUGAAGGAGCAUUCUUUAGCACUGGUGAGUGAAGGGAAGUUGUCCUGCCGUUUUUUUUCUUCAAACAUUGUGUUCUUCUGUCUGUGGUUUUGAAUGGGGAUCUCCCACUAGAUAAGGGACCAGCACCAUUUUUGUAAAUUGCCAUGCUUUUACAUUCCCUCCAUCAUAAUU